CCUUCACGGAGGUGACGGCGUGACGUCAUCCGGAGCCGGGACAGCGCCUACCCUCCAUCGGGCCGGGCCGGGGAGUCCGCGGGGCCGCCGCGCUCCAUCUCCGGGGCAGCGGGCGCGGGGCCGGCCCUCCAAGUAUCCAUUCCAGCCCGGCCCGGCCCGGCCCGGCUCUCCCGCUGGCCAGGGCUGUUGGCGGACCCGGAGCGACGGCACAGCCCGCGACAGUUGGUAACGGCCGUUGGGGGACCGUUAACGAAGGGGUGGGAGGGCGCGUGGGGGGCGCGGGCCCCAGGGGCCUCAGCACCUCGGGGUCCUCGGGGGCCCCCUCCAUCUCCCCUCCUUUGAAGCGUUUCCCCACAAGCCGCUGGGUCUGCAGAACCGGGAAAACCCGACCCCCUCCGAGGCAGAACCCCAAAACAUCAGCCCCUUUAUUUUACCGCUGGGGAAACUGAGGCCCUGGGGCGAGGAAAGGACUUGCCCAAGGACACACAGGCAAUCUCCGUGUCAAAAUUCGAAUUCAAGGCUCUGGAGUGAUUAAGAUUUAAAUCUGAAAAAAAAAAGCGCUCCCCCAUCCUUCUCCCACUCUCCCGACUCUGGGUUCCCUCCCCCGCCCCGCAUUCUCCGCCCCCAGAGUCGCUUUGUCUCCCUGGGUCUAAUUCUGCGUGUGUCUCCUUUGCCAGCUUUGUGGCCACAUUGGGAGAGUACCCUCAGGCAGGUCCCUGAAUGGAAAGGCCGGGCUCCCAGAGGUGGGUAGCGACCGAGCUCAGUCAUCAUUGUCUCCUUCCUUCGAGGCAAAGGAAGAAGUGAAUGGCCCCCCUGGACCUGCACCACUAACUGCUCCUUGGCCGCGGAGUUGUUGUUUGUUUGACAUUUCCCCCGAAGAUUCCCUAGCUGAAAAUGCAGGACCAGCGCCCAGCGCCAAGAAAUCCCCGUGGACUGGAGAUUGCCGGGGUGGCCUUGCUCGGGGACCUGGUGGAAGCGGCGGAAAAUGCUGCUGUCACCGAUCCCUCCGAAGGAGAGGGCGAAAAUUCUGUAGCUGGGAGCAGGGACUGUGAUGAGGAGCUGGUGAAAAUAGACAACUCUGCUUUGCCACGGUUGGAAAGCAAAGGCAGAAAUGCUGCUGGUCCCACUGCUGCAGGGGAAGCUGGCGUAUCUGACGGCGGCUGCUCGUGUUCCGUAGAACACAACAGCUCUUGGGGUGACUUUGAAGGCUUCAGCGAGACUUCUGACAAGUCUGACACUUUCAGCACCCUGGAAAUGCUGGAGCGUUGGGCAGCGCCGGGAACACGGGAAAGCGAUGCGGAUUUAAAUGCCUGUGGCUCAAACUCUUGUGGCUGUCUGCAGGCUGAUAGUUUAACCAGGAUGAGCGAAACUGCUGCUGUUUCACCUAAUCAGGCCAGUCUCAGCUAUGAGAAUAUUUUUAAGCUUGUCUUUCAAGAAGUUCCAGUGCAACAAAUGACUGAGGAUAUUUGCACCUUACGCCAUUUUCUAGAAAAACAUAAUGAAGAAAAUACUAGCUGCAAAUCUGUAAAGAAGCAAUUAUGCUCUGAGUCCCAAAAACUCUGGAGGAUUCUCCAAGAUGAAGAUAGCACAUCUACUUCAAGAUGCCUCUGGAGUAAAUCUCAUUGCCAAGACAAUUUCUUACUUGUUCUUGGAAUAGAUGCUGCUCAAAAAGAUCUUUCAGGAGAUAAGAAUCAUGUUCUGGAAGAUUCUAACCUGAAAGAGACUGAAGAGUUAACAGAAGUAAAUGGCUUUAAUCUUAAUAAUUGCAAGGCACUAAUUCAAACCAAGCUCUCUGGAUCUUCAGCUCCUCGACACAGCAGCCUGUUUAUGUACAACUUGUUUUUGAAGAAGACUCCUUCCAGUGGAAAUAUGCAAUACAUAACAAUUCCAAGAAAGAAAAAACUUUUUACUGCCUGGAAUCUAAAAAUGAAAUUUUUUAAUAGUGAUGUUUGCUAAAGAAAAAAUACUUUUUAUCUUUGAGGAAAAUCUUACCUUUUGCUACUGAUUUGGUACUGGAAACUGGAAAUCAUAGACAUCUUUGAGGUGAUAAACCAGAAAUUCUCAGCUGUAUUUUCCUAUGGCUACCAGUUUGCAUUUGAAUUAGUCAUGAGUAAAAAAAUCAAGACUUUCCUUUGAAAAGCUUGCUUUCCAUUUUUUUAAUGUACCUCUUUUGGGCCAUCUCAGUUCACCUCUAGCAAAUUAAGAUUUCUUUUACAAACUUUGCUUUAGUUUUCUAGUCAACAGAUAGCCAGGCAAAACCUUGAAAAGGAAUGCACUGCCAAUUUAAAGCUUGGGGAUGCCACAUAUUUCUUUAACAAAGUUACUGGAUCCUGCUCUCAGUUAGCUAUUGGAGAUGCAGGCUUUGGUGGCCUGUAUAUGGGGCUCAUCCCAUGUUAACAGCAUGAACUUAAAGAUCACAAAUGUCUGAGGGAAAAAAUUAGCUCUUCAUGAUGACUCCCCAAAGUCUUGACUCAUUCUUUGACCUUUUGUUGAUGACUAGUAGAACUAAACAUUCUUAAGAAAGGUUCCAGCUGUGACUAGAUGUCCCAAAAUGUGAAUAUUUUCAGUGUCAGCCUGUUCUGCAUAGUUAUUUUCUUUAUUUUCAGGUGACGUACUAUGGCUAAGCCAGGAUAAUGUCCCUGUGGAGAUGUCUGCUUAAAUGCUAUGAUGCUUGUUUGGAAUAUGUUAAAAUAUUGUACAUAGUAGGUUUAAAAUAUGUUCUAACUAAAAGAUGAGGGAAAACCUAAGGGUAUCUUCCCAAAGUAUCUUAAUCAUAACUUAAGCUGUUUUUCUCUAAAAUAUUUUGUUUUUAAGGGUCUUUCUGGAGACACCUCAAUCUUCUGUUUGGACAUAAAACUCAGUGCUGCGUGUUGUGCACUAAACCUGGGAUAACUUGACAUUUUCCUAUGUAACUGCUGACCUUGACAAAGCAGCACUCAUGGGCAACAGUUUUAUUCCAUUUUCAACUUUGUUUUAUGGAACAUCCAAAUGAAAACUUUCUCCAUGUCUCCACUGAAGAAUCACUCCUGUUAAAAAUGGCAAGAGCCAACAAAUCCACACUGACUUUUGUAACAUUUUAUCAAAUAAAGUUCCCUGAAUACAAA